AACCGUGAGGACAUUAUAGCUGAAUUUAAAUGUCAACUUCAAUUAAUAAGUACCCAUAAUUCAGUAAAUAAAAAAGCGCGAGAUAAAGCUACGAAGCUUUAUAAUGAUGCAGAAAGAUUUUUUCAGUUCAAAGAAGUUAUAGCAUUUUUUGAUCAAAUGGAUAAAAAGGCAAACGAAAAUUUAUUUGACACGAAAACUAAUCUAUAUGGAUCAGAAGUCGCGGUGCAAAUGAUUGGCACGAAGUUGAGCUCUUUUCAAACUUCUAUGGCCAUGACAUCAACUACUGUCAACGUUGGAGAAACGGUCAAGACGAAUCCUGAUAACAUUUCCGAAGCUAUACAAAUAUCAAGUAGCACACAAGCUAACGACCAAAAUGCUCAAGAGGUAGAUGAUGCAGAAAUUGACAAAAUCGUUGUAAAUAAGGUAUCUGCUUUACUUUUCUCCAACCUAAAUCUCGAAGAAAUUUGGAUAAAGGUUAUGGAACGAUUAAAAAAAGAUAACUUGCGAGUGCAAUCAAUUGAGUCACGAAUUGUGGAUCUCUCAGACUGGACUAAAAUCGAAUGGAACAGGAUCCUCAAGGCGUCAGACUAUUCGCAAUUAUUCAUUAAAUCAAGAAAAAGGCUUUCUAAAGACAAAAUUAACAAUGAUGUGGGACAAUUGCUACGUGAUGGACCUGGCCGAAUACGAUCAUUAAAUGAUCUAAUAACGUGGAAGAAUAAGUUUAUAAACUUGGAAACUUCAUCCGAAGAUUCAUUACUAAUUGUUGAAAUAAUCAACUUUUUUCAUUGUUGCUUACGAAGAGAAGUAAAUGUCCUGAUUUUGAAACAUAGAGAACGUGACUUCAUUGUUAAAGUUCUUAGUCCAAUAAUUGGCACGCUUCUAGAAGAAUUUGAUAUCGGUAUCUUUGAGCUUAACUGGAUCGAGAAAGAGUCUCGCAGUGUUAUAAAUCGAAAACGAAAGGCGAUGCACGAAGAAUAUGUGGAUCUCACUACUAGUAUGAAAAAAAUGGAUUUGAUGGUUACAUUGCGAAGUCAUAAAAAUGAGUUGUUACCACUUGAAGUGGGAAACACAGAAGGGCCCAUGGAUGAUACUAAAUACAGGAAAGAUCACUCAAAACUUAAAAUAGUCAUGAAAGAUUGUUUAGACACCUUAUGGAGCAAACUGCAUUUUAAAAAGGUGGAGCUUGAAGGUAUUUUCACUCUCGGAAUUCAAAUAACUGAUAUAAGUUGGACGGUCUACUCUCUUUCAUAUGAUAGCUCACAAAAUUUUUAUUUUUUUGUUGAUAUGGCGACAUUGAUUCUUCCUACAACGCUUUCAGACUUAGAAGACCUUUUACCUAGUUUUUUGGAAAACCUUCUUGCAUUACGACACACGUUACUUGACCAAGUUAAAAAGAUACGAGAAAUUGCUCAAAGAAGGUUAAGUACACCAUCUCCACCAUCGUCGCCAUUACACAGUACAGCAAAUUCACCUCCUUCCGUGAAAAAACAAAAACAAGACCCUUUUAAAAUUUUAGAUGAUUUGUAUUAA